UCGGGCCCUGGGUCCGGUCCACAUCCGUCGCCCGGCCCGCUGCUGCCGCCGCGCUUCUACCCGCGCUACGUGCUGCCGCUCGCCUUCGGCAAGUACUUCGCGUCAGUGUCUGCGCACGUCAGCAUUUGGAAGGUGCCCGUGUCCUACGCUCACACCGUCAAGGCUACCAUGCCCAUCUGGGUGGUCCUCCUGUCCCGGAUCAUCAUGAAAGAGAAACAGAGCACCAAGGUAUACCUGUCACUCAUCCCCAUCAUCAGCGGCGUCCUGCUGGCCACUGUCACCGAGCUGUCCUUCGACAUGUGGGGGCUUGUCAGCGCCCUUGCUGCCACGCUGUGCUUCUCACUUCAGAAUAUUUUCUCCAAAAAGGUGUUACGAGAUUCAAGGAUCCACCAUCUCCGGCUGCUGAACAUCUUGGGCUGCCACGCCAUCUUUUUUAUGAUCCCCACAUGGGUCCUAGUGGACCUCUCAGCUUUCCUGGUUAGCAGUGACCUGACCUACGUGUCCCAGUGGCCUUGGACGCUUCUGCUCCUGGCUGUCAGCGGCUUCUGUAACUUUGCCCAGAACGUCAUCGCCUUCAGCAUCCUCAACCUUAUUAGCCCCCUGAGCUACUCGGUCGCCAACGCCACCAAGAGAAUCAUGGUCAUCACAGUGUCCCUGAUCAUGCUGCGAAACCCAGUCACCAGCACCAAUGUCCUGGGCAUGAUGACGGCCAUCCUGGGGGUCUUUCUGUACAACAAGACCAAGUAUGAUGCGAAUCAGCAAGCCCGGAAGCACCUCCUCCCUGUCACGACAGGGGACCUGAGCAGUAAGCAGCAUCACUGGAGCCCCCCGGAGAAACCCCACAACGGCGUCCUCUUCCCCCAGCAUGGGGACUAUCAGUAUGGCCGCAACAGCAUCCUGACAGAUCACUUCCAGUACAGCCGGCAGAGCUACCCGAACUCGUACAGUUUGAACCGUUAUGACGUGUAGAGUCUGGAAGAGUGGGCAGGACGUUCUGCCACUCCCCCCACCCUGCCGCCCCCCAGCAGUACCAGAAACUUCUGACCACUGGUGAAUGUACAGUGCAGCUGAGGGGCACGAUGCGUCCCCAUCAGAAGGCCAGCAGGACGCCGUCCCUGCAGCGGGGCCCACGCCCUGGAGCUCCGGCGCUUCCUGCCCUCUUUUCCUGGAGUCUGUCUGCCGAGGGCUGGGUCGCUACAGAAAUCUCAGCCAGAUCUUACUUUUCUGUGUGGACUUCUUCCCUAAGCCGUGUUUUUCAGAGUUCUUGUUCUGCUUUCCAGGUAACAUCCAGGACCCUCUCUGGAAAGGAUACAGACCUUGGAGCGGGCAAGAGGUGGUUUGCGGGGAGGGCGGCAAGGAGAGGACCGUCGGGUGGUGCUUGAGAGUGACAGCCCAGCCGCUUUAAUUCCACUGCUCAGGUAGGCGUAGGACCGAUGCAGGCGUGGAGCAGAGGAGCACGAGUUACUUACAGCCUCUCCUGCCACAACGAUGGACCCCGUCUUCUGGUCAGCCCCAUGGCCAUUUGCAGCUACUGGCCAGUUCCAUGGUGCAAAGCUAUCACAUUUAGCAUUGAAUUUUCAGAGCCUGAUUCUCUGACCUGCGAGCAGAGGUGGUGUGUGCCCGGAUCCAGAGGGAAGGGCGAUCGCUGUCUCCUGGGCUCCCUCUUCCCUGGCCAGAAUGGGGGCGUCUCCCCUCUCGGGGCAUCCAGGAGGAGGGGAUGCGGGGCUGUGAGAAGGAUCAUUAGGAAAUCACGUUCAGUGUUUCAAGCUCAGUUUCUGGAGUACUCGUGUUUUCUGAUGAGUCUUCACCACUCUGUGCUGACCUGGUAAGAUGUCUGGGAAGGAGGUGUUGGUUUUCUGAGCACCUUGCUUUUCUCUAGGGAGUAUUUUGUAGUUGUGUGUUUUUAUGCCUCAGUCCCCCUUAGGGGAUGCAGGACACAUGAGGACUGGCUUAUGGUUAGGGAACUCUUUUGUUUUUAAAGUUUUAAAACCAAGGAAAGUUGUUGGCGAUGCCUGUCUUGACACAUUUCUGCAUUUAGUAGGAAGCCGUGAAGUGUUUUGAAGCGCUUUUCUGGUGACCACAAUCUCUGAAAGUGACAUGAAUCAAGAGCAUCAGCUUGAUGGUUUGGGUAAGAGGUGAGAGCUUAGCACUUUGAUCCCAUGGGCUGUUCUUGCGGUUUCCGUUAGGAUCUGAAUCAUGUCCCGGCAAAGGGGCAGCCACCAAGGUAGGAUUCGGUUCACCAAAUCAGCCUUUGGUCAAGAAGAAGUUUGGGUUUUGACAGAAUCAUGUUCUCAGAAAGGUUAUGUGACCCCAGCAGGUCCUGUGUGCUGAGGUCCAGGCUGGGAUGCCCGGCAUCAUGAGAGCCUGUGCCCUUUUGGAGGGGACCACUGCCUGGGCUGGUGGGGUCUUUGCUGACGGCUGCCUCACUCCCUCAGCACUGUCCCAGACUCUCCAGCAGGCACUUGGAGUGAUCAGCAGACGGGACCGCAGGUCACCCUUUACCUUCUGGCACAUGAGACGGUUCUCCAUUCCAAGAGGAAGUACUGUAGAUUAUGCUGGACUCCUGUUUGUUUUUGAUAAUUGGAGUUUUGUCUUUAGAGGUUAUGUUUUGUCAGCUUAUGAAUGGGCAGUGCCUGGAGAAGUCACAGGGUGCCCUCUGGCCUGAGUUCUGUACCACUGGCCUCAGGAGUCCCUGUUACAGUUUGGCAUCAGCUUGCUUUUUAAUUACUUUGGCCCCAAGUUCUGAGACAAGGCUGUGUCAAACAGGAAGGGGCCGUCCUGCAGGGUGUUGUUUGUGCAAAGAACUUGCUGAGGGCCUUCACCAGAGGCAGCAGGGCCCGCAGUUGAACCACACUAAACGGGGAUAAUCCUGCAUGGCUAAGACGUUACAGUAGUUGUCUCUAUGAUGGUAAUAACUGAUUCCUUGAACGUAUAAUUGAACUCCAAAAUGAAUCAUGCCUCUCAGAAGGUUUAAUGGAAUUUCUCAAGUUGCUGAAAUUUGCUUAUUAACUUGCUUUCCUUUUUCAAUGAAAGGUCUGCUGGUGAAGGGAAAUAUCUGACUGGUUUUAUUAUGGUUUAUAAAUUGAAUGAGUGGAAUAUUUAAUUCUGUACAUAUAUCUACAGUGACCACACACACUGGAAUGAGAGAGACAAUCAUUAGACCAAAUCCAUCAGAUCAAAAGACAAAGAUGUACUUUUGAGACCUGAAAGUUCAGAGCUGACAUUGACCUGUUGAAGGCCAGUUUUCCAGCCACUUGCUGCCCUGGCUCAACCCCUCCACCCCACGCCCACAUCCGCGUUUGCAGCUCUGCUCUCCUCUCCCUCCUCACUGCUGGGGUUUGUGACAGUGAAUUUUGUUCACCCAUCCGUGGUAUGGUCUGCAAAAACAAACUCCAGCCCAACUCCUUCAUUUUACAGAAGGGCAAACUGAGGCUCAGAGGACAUUUUAAAAUAGUGUUUGUUCACUAUUUUGAGACUCAGUGUGGAAUUUUUAAGCACCUUAUUUUAAGUCAUUCAUUACCAGGAAAAUCAAACCCCUGUUACAAAGGAGAGAAGCCAAAUAUGUUCAAAUGAAGAAGCACUUGGAAUUUCUGAAUUUUGCUGUGUAUUUGGCAUACUUCAAUGCAACAGGCCCUGUUAUCGCUGGGACAUAACCAUCCUGGAUACCUUAAGGCCUAACAGCCUUAAGGGCAUAGAACAUUAAAUUAUUGAAGAAUCUGAACAUUGUGAAUUCUUUUUUUCAACUGUUACCUUCAAGACUUUUAAUGCUAUAGACUGUUCUGUGGGAAUGAUACUGUGUAUAUUCAUGGAUGGCAUUUACCAAAAAUAAAUGAUGGUCUCCAGGGAAUCAGGAUCGGUCCCAGUUUGUCAGUGAGGGUCUCUCUCUGAGUGACCCAGUGUGCCCAGCAGCAAAACGUGUAAGAGGCAGAAAGAGCAAACCAGUUUGUUUCUCACAUCCAGCUGUGUUGCAACCUUUUUAUUUUUUCUGAGCCAAAAUUGAGUCAUGAGAUUUGUGAAUUUAUGAGACAGCAGGAUAAAACUAGGAACCACAGCUUAACAGUUAAUGACAUGCCUUUAUUGAAUAGAAUAACAUGGAAAAUCCAAGAAUGUAGUGACAGCAGUGCUUACGAAGCAUCUUUAUGAGGAAUAAACAGGUAACACCAAGUACCUGCCUGUGGGCUUUUGCACAUAAUCCUUAUAAUCCCUUUGCCUCGAUUUUAUUAGCCUUAUUUUUCAGAUGAAAAUGAGGCCCUACGAGGUUAAGUCAUUUGUCUGGAAUCACACAGCUACUGAAGUCUGCCUUCUAAGCCCAUUUUCUCCCAUAUUCAGAAACUAUCCCCAACAGAGAAUUUCCUUCAAUCACAGUUGAGGGGUAUGAGUUUCUUCUAAAACAAGUGCCCACAUCCUUUUAAUUUGUAAUCUUUUGUUCAGUGAUUUACUGAGUACUUAGUGUGUGCCAAGUACAGGAAGCUGAGAUACACAAGCCUCCUACCCUCAGAGCACUCAGCUUAAUUUAUGGAUAUGUAAUGAAGUAGCACACAGGUGCUAUGUUAGAGGGUGGUGAAAAAAUGCUAAAGAAAGUACAGGGUAAUUAUUUAAAGGGCAUAUGGGAAUGUUUGGGCUUGCAUUUUCAGUUCACAGAAUAUUGCAUUUGCACGUUUUAUAUUAUACAUGUCUUGUUUAACUAUCAGGAUCCAAGAGGGAGGUAUCAGCUCCCCUGUACAGUGGGAAGUGGCAGCAGAGAAAGUCAAGCUUGGCCCAUGGAGCAGGCCUGGAACCUGAGUGUCUGUCUCUAAGCCCUCUGCCUGCAGAGUAGCCUCAAUCAAGUGAGCUGUUCUGUUUUCCCUCACCUUUGUCACAUACUCCUAAGGAGCUGGUGUGAUCAAAGGUAUAUCCUUUCAUUGCACUCGCUGGGCCAUGCUGCUACAGUAAGGCCCCAAAGGAGCCCUUAUGUCCAGAUGACCCAAGUAGCUUUGCAGUCAUCUGCUGCAGUUCCAGCAGGGCCUCGAGAGGCUCUGCCCAGGAUGCUGUCACCCAUGAGUCAGGCAGGACCAGGACUAGGGAUGGCCCCAUUGCUCAGACGCAGAACCUGAACCCCCUCAGGGAUGUCCCCUCCCAGACACUGGAACCCUCCUCUUUUGUCUCCCCAGGGCAGCUCCUCUGUGACCAGAGGUUCGUUGGGUGACAUGUAAUCAGGCCCAAGGAAUGCUCAUUGCCUAGGACAGGACCAGACCUUUUCUGUUCCCAUAAGACAUUCCUCCUGCCAUGGCUUCAGCUAGUUGACCACACGGGGUCCAGUUACUACGGGAGACGAGGCAACAGUCACACCAAAGCUUGGGCCUAGAUUUCCUCAGUCACCCACUGUGUUUUUGAUAACUUUUAUUGUCUAUCUAUUUUUUACGUUUGAAAAAAAUUAUUAAAGCCAAAAAAUUACUUACAGUAUACAGAGGUCAAAAAGAGCAGGACAGAAUGACUUCCAAAAUGCAUCACUGAUAAAUAAAGGUGCUUGUGAAUAUAGUUUAUCUCUGAAAAGAUACACAAGAAUCUGGACAUAACAGUUGCCUCUGGGGAGGGUAAUAUACACUUCAUUUAAAACUGGCAUAUUGUACGUAUUAUUUUGUAAUCUGCUUUUUUAAAAAAAUACUAGAAACAUUUCCCCAUGUUAUUAAACAUUCUCCCCUUGA